AUGGGCCAGAGGCACAACAGACGUCGGACACGACCACGAUCUCGCAAUCGCAGCAUCGAUACCAUCGCUUCAAUUGAUUCCUCAUUCCGUCCUGCGAGCUCCUGCAACUCCAUCUCCGCAAUCGAUACCUCCAGCCUAUUGGAACCGUCGUCGGCCUGUGGUUUGCGUGACGCCAUUUCAAUACCCUCCGCCCAUACCUGGCACUAUGGGUAUAUGGCAUGGCAGAAGCGUGAGCGCAAGCAGCGGUUAGAGGCUGCAAAGAUGGAGGCGGAACAGUGUCGUCUUUUCGGCGGUGAGCCGGGGGACGAUGUGAAUCUCUGCUAUCGGAUGCUUGAGUACUUUGGUGGGCUCGAUUAUAUCAAUUCACCCCAUAGCUCAAGACUAUCGCCUGGGUGA